GUGGUGAAUUGUUCCUCCUAUUUUCCCCUCAGGAUGUUGUUUGGAGAACGACCGUUCUGGUGGGUCGGCGAAUCUCAACUUUUUGUCGAAACACAACCCAAAAUUUCCCAGUUUCCAUCCACCUGUGAAACUGGACCAGGAAGUCCAUCGGGACACGCGAUGGUGACCGCCGCAGUCUGGUGGGUGGUGGUGUCCUCCCUGGGCUCCUUCCUGUACUCCCGCACUGGAAGCCUGCUGAUAUCAGCUGCUCCCUCUCUGCUUUACGUGCUGCUGCUGGUUGCAGUCGGAAUAUCCAGGAUCUUUAUCCUCGCCCAUUUUCCUCACCAGGUUGUUGCUGGAUGCAUUACAGGGUUCAUUCUGGGAAUUCUUCUUAGCCGCAGAGUGCCAGAAGGGCGCCCCCUGCUGUUCUUCUUCAGCUUCAGCGCUGUCCUGCUGCUCAGCGCUCUGAUGCUGCACGCCGGCCUGCAGCAGCUCAGCAUCGACCUCUCCUGGUCUAUAGCUUUGGCUAAGAAAUGGUGCAGCCACGCCGAGUGGAUCCGUUUGGACACAGCCCCGUUCUCCUCCCUGACCCGGGACUGCGGGGCCAUUCUUGGUCUGGGGCUGUCCCUGUACUGGAAGCCCAGUGGAUGGUCCCUGCCGUGGGCUCCCAGAGCCCUGUCCCUGGCUCUUUCAUCCAUGGCUCUCUACCACGUAAACCGCCUGCCGCUCCCAGUCAAUCCGCAGGGCCUCUUCUACAGCCUGGUCUUUGUUAAGUUUGCCCUGGUGCCUCAGAUCGUCAUGGUGCUGGUUCCUGGUCUGGUCCACGUUUUCACACCCAAAAAGAAAAAGGACUAGAAGUGAACUCCUUCAAAUAAGUUCAUUCCCAAAGAAACAGCGCUUUCCUACUUUAAAUUUAUGAUUUAUUUCAGAGACUGUCGUCGGGUGGCGGCUUUAUUCAGAAAACAAAACUUGAUUUUCAGACUUUUUCAUUAGUAAUUUGAUUAAAUAUCUUUAUUUCCAGCCUGUAUUGUAAUAUUUUUAUUUUUUUAUGUUGACCACCCCUAUCCUUUAUCUAAUUGUGAAUUUUUUUGCUUUUCAAAUGUGCAGUAAAUGUGCUGCUGCUGUUAAGUGUUACAUGUGGUUUUAUUUUUGCAGAACUGUUUAACUGCACCAGGCUCAGGCUGGUAGCAGCUUUUUAAACAUUAACAUUGUAGGUUAAAAUAAGUGGAAAAGCAACAAUUAUUCCUCCCGUUGCUGCAUUUACUCACAGUAUUGGUGAUUACGGUUACACUUAUUAAUCAUUUAAUAACUUUAGUUGUUUACUUUAUUGUUUCAACAGAUUUCUGGAGCUUUGAUCACUUUUUAUUAAUCUGUUCCCUUGAUUAGAAAUAUUUCUGAUAUGUGCAGCCUUGUUUCCCAGCUCCAGAAGUGGGCAACAACAGGUGGGGGUGGGGCUACUUACUUUUUCUGGUAUCUGAAUAAAAUUUUAAACUAUAGGAAAUGUUCUGAUAGUUUUAGAGCUUUAAAACUGUUGCUUUAAGCCGGUUUAUGCCUAUAUGGCUACUAAAGAUUGUUUGAAAUCUGUUGUUUUAACUUAAAGGCACCUUUUAUGCUCAUCACAGAUGUGGCAAUUAUUUUUAUACAGGUCCUGUCGGAAAGUAUGAUAUUGAAUAUCAUUGUGAUUUUUCAUUGUGCUGUUUUACUUUGCAGACAAAAAAAGGAAAUAAAUAUAA